UCGAGUCGAUCGGACGUUGUUAUUCUUCCGUUACGUCGUCGUAAAGUUACACAAAAAUUUUGAAAAAUAAAAAAAAUUUCCCAAUCAUACAAACAUCUAUUUUGAGAGAGAACCAAAUUCGUUCGAAGAAGAAAAAAAAGUUCACCCUUUUCUUUUUUUUUUUUUUGAUGAUUUUUAAGGAAAUAUACAAAAAUUUACGAGAUCGACUUUGAAAAGAUAAAAUAUCUAAAACUUCGUUUUUUUUUCGGAUACGGAUACGUUCAAUAAAAGUGCAAACUACAAAAAUGCAUACAAAUGCUGUGAAUUAUAAAUAACAAAAAAAAAAAUUUUUUUUUUAUAAAAAAGUGUUUUUUUGCAAAAACGCAAAAAAAAUAAGAUUUUUGAUUUUGAAAUCAAGAAAUGUGUACUCAAACCUCGAUCAUGUCGAAAACAAUUCUUUCGGUAUUGAUCAACUUCAUUAUCCCCAUUUUGGGAGCCGCCUUAUCAAAAACCGUCCUCUAUCAAGCCCCUGACGAGUGUCGGUGGUCCGGUAACACCGAAACCGAUAUCGUACUCGUUUGUCAACUCCGAACCAUAAAUAGUGAACUUGAAAAUACAAACUUUAGCGUUAUUCAACCUCAAAAUACAAUCCGGCUUCGAUUGGAGUGCAACGAUGCACUUUUCUUUCAAAGUAGUUUGAGCGCCGAUAGUUUUCGAUCGUUAAUUGAAUUACGCGCGUUAACUAUUGAAUAUUGUAAACUCGGCAAUAUUACCGAAGGAUCCUUUCGAGGACUUCAAGAACUCCGAAAUCUUACAAUUCGCACCCACAAUGCCGAUUGGUCGACUAUGAGUCUCGAAAUCGCGCCAAAUGCCUUUGCCGAUUUUCGUCAACUCGAUCGUUUAGACUUGAGCUUGAAUAAUAUCUGGCUUGUUCCCGAUGGAAUCAUCUGCCCACUCAAGACUCUAACCCAUUUAAAUAUGUCCCACAAUGAAAUCCAAGAUUUAGGUAACUUCCAUUUUAGUGCGUCACUAAGCACAAGGAAGUCCCGAAUUUGUGGAAAUGCCAUCAUCAAUCUUGAUCUGUCCAGCAACAAAAUUGCCAAUCUUCCAUCAGCGAUCUUUUCUGCUUUGGGAAGAGUUAAGAAGCUUAAACUCGGUCGGAAUGGUAUGAAUUUCAUUGCCGAUCGAGCUUUUGAAGGUCUCGUCUCAUUAUCCAUCAUCGAUCUAUCUGAAAAUCGUUUAACUUCACUCCCACCAGAGCUCUUCUCCGAAGCUAAAUACGUCAAAGAGAUCUAUCUUCGUAAUAACAGCAUAAAUGUCCUUGCUCCAGGACUUUUCUCCGAACUUGCCGAUCUUUUGGUUCUUGAUUUAUCUGCAAAUGAAUUGAAUUCGCAGUGGAUUAAUGCGGUGACAUUUGUCGGCCUUAAACGAUUGAUCUUGCUCGACUUGUCUUCCAACAAAAUAAGCAAACUCGAGCAAAGUAUUUUUCGUAGUUUGGGAAGUCUUCAAGUUCUCAAAUUGGAAGAAAAUUAUAUCGAUCAUAUUCCCGAUAACACCUUUGCUGAUCUUACCAACCUUCACACACUGAUCUUGUCCAACAAUCGGAUUACCAUGAUCGGUGCCAACACUCUUCGAGGACUCAAUAAUAUCCUGGUUUUAUCUAUGGAUUAUAAUCGCAUAUCCAAAGUCGAUCCAAUGGCUUUUAAGAACUGCACCAGUGUCCAAGAUCUCCAUUUAAAUGGCAAUAAGCUUUUAACAGUUCCAGAAGCUUUGGGCCAAGUUCCAUUUUUAAAAACCCUCGACAUUGGGGAGAAUCUCAUCACAACCAUCGAGAACACCAGCAUCAGUGUCAUGGAAAGUCUCUAUGGUCUCCGUUUGACCGAAAACUCCAUCGACUACAUCCGCCGAGGCAUCUUCGAUCGCAUGACAUCUCUUCAAAUCGUCAACUUAUCCGGCAACAAGAUCAAAGGCAUCGAACCAGGUGCCUUCCAUAGAAACUACCAGAUUCAAGCCAUCCGACUUGAUGGGAAUCACCUAAAAAGCAUCACCGGACUCUUCACCGAGCUUCAAAACCUGGUUUGGUUGAACAUAUCUGACAACCAUCUCGAGAAAUUCGACUAUGGACACAUCCCGACAGGUCUACAAUGGUUAGAUGUUCGAGCUAACCGAAUUACCCAAUUGGGAAAUUACUUUGAAAUCGAGACCGAACUUAUGUUGAGCACUUUCGAUGCUAGCGCCAAUCGUCUAACCGAAAUCACAGCCAGUUCGAUCCCCAACAGUGUCGAAGUACUCCACUUGAAUGACAAUCAAAUUGAAAAAAUCCAACCAUACACAUUUUUCAAGAAACCAAAUCUUACCAAAGUCGAUUUAGUUCGCAACAAACUAACCACUUUGGAACCAAACGCUCUUCGGUUGUCACCCAUUCCCGAUGACAAAGAAAUCCCAGAAUUUUUCAUUGGCUCCAAUCCAUUCCAAUGCGAUUGCAAUCUAGAUUGGUUGCAGAAGAUCAACACCGAAGCCCGGACCCAACCAAAACUCAUGGACUUGGAUCAAAUCUAUUGCAAGCUGUCAUAUGCCAGAGGCAAGACACAUGUUCCAUUGAUCGAAGCGAAAUCUAAUGAGUUCCUUUGUAAAUAUGAAGCACAUUGCUUUGCUCUGUGUCAUUGUUGUGACUAUUACGCCUGUGAUUGUAAGAUGCAAUGUCCGGAUCGUUGUUCGUGCUAUCACGAUCAAAGUUGGACAUCAAAUGUUGUGGAUUGUUCGCGUGGCAGUUAUGAUCGUGAGCUGCCACAACAUAUACCAAUGGAUGCCACUCAACUGUAUUUGGAUGGAAAUAGUUUUAGCGAGUUGGGAAGUCAUUCGUUUAUUGGCAGAAAGAGGUUGAGAGUUUUGCAUUUGAAUCAUUCAAGAAUUGAGAUUAUUCACAAUAGAACUUUUUAUGGGCUACUCGAGUUGGAAGUUCUCCAGCUCAAUCACAAUAAUUUGAGACAGUUGAAUGGUAAUGAGUUCCAAGGGCUUGAUAAUUUACAGGAGCUCUAUCUUCAACAUAACAAUAUUGCUACAAUCGAUUCGCUCACUUUUACCCAUCUCUAUCAUUUGAAGAUUCUUCGACUCGAUCAUAAUCUACUCGUCGAAUUCAGCAUCUGGAAUUUCUUGCCACCCUACCUGAACGAGCUCCGGCUCUCUGGGAACCCUUGGACGUGUGAAUGUGAAUUCAUCGACAAGUUCCGUGAUUACAUCAAUCGUCAUGACUCAGUGCAAGAUCGCAACAAGAUCAAAUGUACAGAGGCCAGCAAAGUGGCGAUCGGCAGCAACACCACGACCACAGUCAAUGGCGAGAUGCUUUCGAUCUAUGCAAAUGCCAAUGACUCAGCGACUGGUGGACGCAUCAUUGCCUGUGGCAUUAACAAUCGAUCCAACUCGAUCACCAACAGUUCGGAUGCUGAGAGUAUGGCUUCGAGCGGAAAUCUCACGUCUACCAAAAUGAUCCUCAAUCAGCCGCCAUUCCAGGAUUAUCUCCCGAUACUUGUGGCUAUUUUGACUGGUUUUGCAUUCGUGAUCAUUUGCACCUUGGUGGUGUUUAUUUUCCGGCAAGAGAUGCGUGUUUGGUGUCAUUCACGGUUUGGUAUUCGUCUGUUUUACAAUGCCAAUAAGGAUGUGGAUAAAGGUGAACGGGAGAAACUGUUCGAUGCAUUUAUUUCGUACAGUUCGAAGGAUGAAGCAUUUGUGGCUGAAGAGCUUGCUCCUGAGCUUGAAAAUGGUGACACUCGGUACAAACUCUGCCUACAUCAUCGCGAUUUCCCUGUGGGCGCUUAUAUAGCCGAUACAAUCGUGCAAGCAAUCGAUUCAUCGCGUCGCACGAUCAUGGUGCUAUCGGAGAAUUUCAUAAAAUCCGAAUGGUGUCGAUUCGAGUUCAAAUCAGCUCAUCAUCAAGUUCUGCGUGAUCGAAGAAGACGAUUGAUCGUGAUCGUGUUGGGCGAUGUGCCACAAAAAGAUCUCGAUCCAGAUAUUCGAUUGUAUUUGAAGACGAAUACCUAUUUGCAAUGGGGAGAUAAAUUGUUUUGGGAGAAGUUGAGAUUUGCAUUGCCAGAUGUGCCGAAUAAUCAACGUCGCCCACAUGGUGGACAUUGUCCAGGAGUGCAUAUACCGAUGGCGCCACACCAUCAUAAUCCGCAUCAUCAUUUGCAUCAUUUUCAACCGCAACCGCAUCAUUUGCAGCAUUCCAGUUUCAGGGGUAAUAAUAUGCAUCAUAAUUUAAUGGCUGGCACGACGAGGCAAAAUCACAAUCGGAAUAAUAAUUCGACUCCACAACAGCAGCAGUCACAACAACAACAACAACAACAACAGCAGAUGCUGCAACAUUCAGAGCAGCAGCAACAACAGAGAUCACCACAUAUGCCCCAUGUGGGUAAUGUAGUUGGGCCACCAGUUCCUGGAACAGCAAUGCCAGUUGGACAGUGUCAAAGAAAUGCAUCACCUCGAACUGUAGCUGUGCAUAUAUGAUAAUGUGUAUUAUUUUUGCCCAUAAAGUGUACAAUAAAAUGCCUCAAGUGAUACAUAAUUGUAAAGUCCAUUGAAUAAGUGUAAAUAUAAGAAAAAAAUUGAAUCCACAAGGUGGAUAGAACAUAAAAUAAACAGUGUGGAAUGUAAGUUCCUUAAAAUCAUCAUAUUCAUGAUAAAAACAUUUUUUGAGAGAUUUCUAUGAAUUUAAAAACAAUCACCACUUUGUUAAAAUGAAAUUCAAUAUCUAUGUGUGAAUUGUAGUGAAAAAUAAACUAAAAUUUUCAAUGGCAAAGCCACUACGAUCGUUGUGGAACGUAAGUUGGAAUUUUGUAAAAUCGAAUCACGUUCGUUUUUUGUUUUUGCUUACAUCUCGUGCUACACGACUGCGAGAAAGACAGAUAUGCAAAUUGAGAGGAGAACGAAGCCAGUGUCCAAGAAAAGGAGUCGUCGAUUUCCUGCCAUCACCACAAGAAGAAAAAAAAAAUUAAAAAAAUGAAAACAACAAAAGACGCCAGCAAACAAAGACUGAUCAUCAUCAUCAUUAUCAUCAUCCUUUGGCUUCUGCAGGUAUGGCAAUUUUAUUCUGUCUUUUUCUAUUGAAUUCAAUAAAAAAAAAAUAAGAAAAA